ACUGCUGUCUGAAAGGCUGACGUUGAUGGCUUUUGUCAUGUCGAGCCGCUUCAACUCACGACAAUCCCAAGGACUGCUGCCUAGCGAAGUUGCUGCUAGCAGCAGAGAAGAAGGCGCAUGGAUUCUCAAAAAAACCUGAAGUCUGACGACGGAAAAAUCGAUGCUGAUGUCGGCCAAUCCAGAAACAAAUCGGAAAUGCCUUAUAAUGCUACCAAUGUCUGACCAAGCUUGACACCUUGAGGUGUGAACCCUGAGGUCCUGGGUCCGUUCCUGCACUGUCUGGAUCCAUUUUCCAUGAAGCCUUCGGGCCUCUGCUGCAAUAACAGUCAUUUGCAAGGCUGUCAGGCAAGGGUUGCCGGAGAGCUUACUACGCAAGUUUGAACUCUUAGCGCGUAGUCUUUCCAUGGAUGGCCUUCCUGAAUGGAUAGCCUUUGACAACAUAAUCAGGGAUAAUCUUCAUAAUAAUGUCGGAGACGUCGUCAUACCAGGCCGAGUUCCACCCUCCUGCCAUGUGCAUACUCCAAUUCUGUCAGGUGCUGACGUUCAUUCCACUUAAUAAAUACAACCAGUAUCAUCAAACCUCACUCCUCGGAGAACUAUGGCCGCCGUGUAAAUCAUGCAAGGCGGAAGGCAAUCUUGAGAGGAAACGGUCGCGCUGGCUUCCUGGUCGUUGCUAACGAUCAUGGUGAGGAGCAAAAGUUGGCUACUGAUGCCAUAUGCUUCUCCGAGCCAUCACCUAAUGAUGGACCCUCCAUUCCUCUCUUCAACGGUAACCACUUGUCUGACAAAUGGGCUCACUCUGAAGGACUGCAGAAAGGCGCUGCUCUUGGGCUUGCAAAAGCAGGAGCUAUUGCAGAUGAAAAACAACACCGAAUUCAGCGGCAGGAGAGCAACCGGCAGCAGAAUUCUCCAUCUUCAGGGCCUUUGCCAAAGCAACACCAGCCCACAGGCUGGCCUUCAAGCGACUUCCCUCCUAACGAGAGCUCCUCCUCCCAACCCCAUGAGCACACGACACAGGAUAUGGUGUCGUGCACUGCUUCCAUUGACUCUGCUCAAUUUGCAGUUCAGGGAAAGUCUCUUCUUCAGUUUCUAGAAGAUGGAUCUGCUGUGUAUGCUGGAUUCGGAAGCAGCCUCUCUGUGCACCAGCCUGGCCAGGCGACACCACAGUAUGAUGCACAGCUGGCCUUAGAACGAGUGAGCUUGGCCCCUGUUCCCUUCCUUCAGGACGGUUUCCACGGUCAGCCUUUUGAGGAUUUUGACGAUGGGUUUGCUCCAGGUUUAUGGGCUGGCCACGCUCAGCAGGGAAGUCUAAUGGAUCACAUGCAAGUUGACGGCAGUCAGACUCAUGCUGGUCACGAGUCUGAGCUGUUCGCUAUUGCUGCUCAACCUGGGUCUACCUAUAUGGCUAUGGUGACAGGAGAAAAGGAGGACGGUGCUGCUGAUUCUGUGCCACGGACGCUCCUAAUGCCCUUUAAUGGCAAGGGCAAUAUUGCUGUUGGAGAUGGUGGUGAUGAUGACGACCCCAGGAAGGCUGAAGUGGAGCUCGAAGCAAAGUCUGUACCAGAUAUGUCUUUCAUUCUUGAGGCUGCACAAGAAUUGCUGAUGGAGGUCUGCCGUUGCCCUAAACCAUCUCGCAAGUGGAGGAGAAGGCAUGAUAGCAGCAAUCUCGGAGAUGGCAUGGGGCAAAGGCCAUCACCAGCAUCAUCAUCUAUCAGUGGUGUUAUUGGACAAGGACAGCUGCAGACUAUCCCCGUCGGUGGUACAAGAGAGCAGGCUCAAAGGCUUCGAGCUCUCCUUGUAGAUGUUGAGAAGUCAUAUGGAAAGUACAAGGAGCAGAACAAGACCCUAGCUGCAGCAUUUGAUGCUGCGACUGGCACAGAAGGUUCAGCUAACAUGUACACCAAACCUUCGCUUCAUGCCAUCUCUACUGCCUUCCGGUCCGCCAAGGAUGGCAUUGAGGCGAACCUCCAAAGGCUUGCAAACUAGACUGAUGUACCCAGGAUGCUGUCAGGGUGGAAAUAAUGGUUGCUCUGCAUUUCACUUCACGGAAUUAGUAUUUCUGGCUUAUGGUACAAGCAUGUCAGCAUAUAAGGAGCUAACUUUGAAAAUGAAUAUGAAUGUUCAUUAUCCAAUGGGACAUAUUGUAUCAGUAU